GGUCCGUCGGUCCGGGGCCUACACCAGCAGGUGGAGCCGGGAAGAGGCGGCCCAUCUCGGCCUGCGGCGCGGCGGGCCCGGCCGGGGGCCCCUCGGCAGCCCAUGAGGGGGCCGGAGCCCAGCCCCUAGCGACAGGCCCCACACCGCGGCCCCGAAACUUUCCUCAGGGCCUCGGCCUCCUCCUCCGCCCGCCCCCCCCCCCCCCCCCCGCCAUGGCCAAGGUCCAGGUGAACAACGUGGUGGUGCUGGACAACCCGUCCCCCUUCUACAACCCCUUCCAGUUCGAGAUCACCUUCGAGUGCAUCGAGGACCUGUCGGAAGACUUAGAAUGGAAAAUAAUCUAUGUGGGCUCAGCUGAAAGUGAAGAAUACGACCAAGUUUUAGACUCUGUUUUAGUGGGCCCUGUACCUGCCGGAAGACACAUGUUUGUAUUUCAGGCCGACGCACCUAACCCAGGACUCAUUCCAGAUGCGGACGCCGUAGGCGUAACCGUCGUGCUGAUCACGUGCACCUAUCGAGGCCAGGAAUUCAUUCGAGUGGGCUACUAUGUAAAUAAUGAAUAUACCGAGACAGAGUUGAGGGAAAACCCUCCUGUAAAACCAGACUUCUCGAAGCUUCAAAGGAAUAUUCUGGCAUCCAAUCCCAGGGUCACGAGAUUCCACAUUAACUGGGAAGACAACACAGAAAAACUGGAAGACGCAGAGAGUAGCAACCCCAACCUACAGUCCCUUCUUUCGACAGACGCGCUGCCUUCGGCGUCGAAGGGGUGGUCGACGUCAGAAAACUCCUUAAACGUCAUGAUAGAAUCGCACAUGGACUGCAUGUGACCGCCACCCGUCCCGUUAGCAACACGUUACGUGGUAAAAACGAACAGGACUCUCUCCCCAAAGUUCCGUAAGUACAGAGUUGAGACGCAACGUGAAGAAUUUGUUUGGAAAACCUCCUGUAGAAAAUUCCUAUGGAAAAGGAAGCCAGUAUUUGAGCAAAUUGUGGGAUAUAAAUACAGCUAUUUUUAAAUAACUUUUUUUUUCCUCUUUGUGGUGUUAUUUUUAUUUGGUCUUAAACUGUUGAAAUUAAAGCAUAUGUGUUAUCUA